AGCCCGAAAUGUGGAAUGUAGUUUUUUGUUAUUCAGUAUUUUAUACUCUUUAUUUACUUGUGGGCGGCGCUGUCUUUUUAAUGUUUGAUGGAGUACAACCAUUGCAAACAACUGCUCCUGUGUUUAGCAAUCAAUCUCUUCACUUCAAAGAAAUGAAGCAAGUGCUGUUAGCGGGCAACUAUACAGCAGCUCAAAUAAAAGAAGCCGUCUUGAAUUUUUAUCCAAAAAGUCCAUUUGGUUACUUUACUUAUCCAUUAUACGAAGACAAUCUCUGGUGGACCUUCUUUAAUUGUGUUUUCUUCUGUUAUCAAAUGUUGGCAACCAUAGGUUAUGGUGGCAUCACUCCCCAUAGUCCCUCAAGUCAAAUGUUCGCCAUAUUUUAUGUCAUACUUGGUGUACCGCUAUGCACGCUAUUCAAUAAAGUCCUUGGACAGUCUUAUGCUGAAUCUCAAAACGAGAUGAUUUACAUCUUGAGGGACAAAGUACGAAGCAAGUACUUUAUGAUUUUCUUGUUCUACGCCUUCUGGGCCCUUAUCUUUUAUUUUCUUCCCUCUGCCGUAUUCCUGCACACAGAGCACUGGAGUUUCCUUGAUGGUGUGUAUUAUACAACAACAACAGCAGCUACUAGCGGACUAGGAGAUUUUCUUGUAGGUCAAUUUUUGAAAAGAAAUACGUACUUUGCUGUCUAUCGAUUGCUGCUACUGGCCUGGAUGGUGCACGCUGUAGCAUUUUUCGCUUUCACAUCUGAUGCAUUAUCCAGAGUUUUCAGUCGAUAUCUCCUUUAUGAACUCCACAUAGACAUCGAAGAGCAUAUAUUCGAGUUUCGACCAGUAUAUGUGAACCCUGAGAGCUUGGAUGUCCACUUUAGACUUAUGAGAGCUGAAAAGGGAGUUCAAAAAGACAUUGAUAUUUGGAGAGCAGAUCAAGUGGCAAGCGACAAAACAGUUUAUUUAGAAAAUCACUUCAAAGGUUUAAUAUUGGCAACUGAGAACUUGAAAAGUGCCACUGAAAGUGAAAUGAGGAAAAAAGGUUACUCCGUGGAGGAUCUUACAGACGAAUUUAAAUUGGAAUGA